AUGGCAUACGAGAUCGGGUUGAGUACCCCGGAAGUACCCAAUCGAGGAUUUCCACUAUGGAUUGUCAGCGUGGUUGGUGUCAUUCUGGCAGGGCUCUGUGUGCUAUCCAGACUGGCUAUUCGGUUCCAUCACAGCCAAAUUGGGUUGGACGACUGGGUGAUACUCGCAUCACUGGUCAGUGCGAUUCUACUGACCAUAACGGAAUGCUGUGACCUCACCCAUAAACAGCAGAUGGCUGCCCUCGGCUGGUUCUUCGGUGCCCAGAUCACGUAUAAAAUUGUGAUUGCCGUCAACAAACUGUCAUUCCUGUGCCUCUACCUCCGAAUCUUCCCUGCACGCGCUUUUCGUUGGACCUGCUAUGGAGGACUCGUCCUUAUCAGCGUUUGGGGGCUUGUCUUCGUCUUCGUCACCAUCUUCCAGUGCAAACCCAUCUCCUCGUUCUGGGACAAAAGUAUCAAGAACCCGCAAUGCCUGCCCAACGAACCGCUGUGGAUGUCGUUCUCCGUCAUCAAUAUCAUCUUCGAUCUGGCCAUCCUGGCUCUGCCCAUCUACCCGCUGAGCCAGCUGCGGCUGCCGCGUGCGAAGAAGAUCGGUCUUUUGGUGGUGUUUGGGAUGGGUGCCUUGUAA